AACAUCCACAAAAAUGGCAUUCAAUCCCCCAUGAACUCCUUUUGUGAAAGAAUCAUUUAGAUUUAUAAUUCUACUCAUAUUUAACGAUAGUUUCUCAUCGUUGUCUGCGUCGUCUUUUACCAUUUAGUAUUGUCAACUUCACGUUCCUUAAAUCAUCGUCAACAUAAUAGAUUGAAAAAAAAGUGUAGUAGAUUUCGUGACUGCUGACGACGACAAAAUUGUCUAGGGGUAUCAAAUAUCAUUUAGUUAUUAUGAGCCGUUCUGUCGUUCCCUUUCGUUAGUGUCGCCGGGACUCUGAAACCGCUUAGUUUUAUUUCCUUAUCUCGUGAACUCGACUAAUGCAAUGCAGCCAUAGGUCGAGAAGAAUCUGAUGGUCAACGGAUAUUUAUCGAGAUAGCGGUUCUCAUAUCGUUGGAUUUUUCAAAAUUUUAUUGCGUCGUUAUCAGUCGUUAUGUUCCCUCCUUCUUUUGGCCGAACAUCCGUCUAGUAGGCGUCUACACAUUGAACUAGUUCUAGUCAUCAUAAGUUUAGUUUCUGUUUCAGUGCUCCUUAAACAGCUAUCAAACGAAACUAAAUGGCCGAGGAAACUGAGAAUGAACGAAGGCAACCACCAGCAGGGUGCACGCUGAAAGAAAUCGAACCGAAUCAUCGAGUCAAACUUAAAUGUUGUCCAUAUCAUAUGCAAAGUAAUAAAAACGGCGAAAAUGAUUCGACCAAAUUUAGUAGCAUUUCACAUGGCACUUUUGAAAGUGAGACGCUGAAGGUCUUUAUCCGAAAAUCUGAAAGAGCAAGGAUGAGGGAUGGAGAUCUUGAAGUCAUUCGGGAUCUCGCGGCUCUUCGACAGCGACCGAAUUUGCAAGAAAAUUUCAUCCGCUACUUCGCAAUGGAAGAAGACAGAGACUUUAUUUACGUCAUCACAGAAUGGUGCAUUUGUUCCGUGGAAGAUCUGUACGGUACCAGAAGUAAUGAGGGAACCAAUUGGAUUGGAGAACAGAUUUUUGUGGAAAAAAUCAAGAAAUCACUAGGACCAAAACAGAUCUUAUGGCAAGCCACAAAAGGACUGGAAUAUCUGCACCAUUUGAAAUAUGUCCACCGAAACCUGAAGCCGAGUAACUUUUUGAUCGCUAAAAUUAGCGACACGGAUCAGCCCGACGAGUACAAGGUGAAGCUGUCAGAUUUCUCUUAUAGUAAACAACCAAAGGAGAGUCCAAUAGUUUCUGGCCCGAGAGGAUCGAACGGAUGGAUCGCUCCCAUUUCGGAAACAGGAACGAUAAAAGCGCCAGAGGAUUAUGUUGCAGAUGACGUGUUUGUCCUCGGAUGUUUUUUUUACUACGUUUUGACCAACGGACUUCAUCCUUUCGGUAACAACUCGCAAAGAAUCAACAGUAAUUCUGAUCCGGUGUAUUGUGCUGCGUGGAAUCCAUCUCUGCAAAAGCAAAACGAACAAGCAAACUUUCUUUUGAAGCAAAUGAUCAAGUUCGAUCCCAAUGAAAGGUGCAGCCUCAUCCAUGUCUUGGAUUCCCAUUAUUUUCUGCCGGAUAAUUAUUACAAACUUUACGACAUACCCGGCGGAGUCAAACCGGGAAUCUGCGUCAUCUUUAACCAAGAAAUUUUUGAUGAUCCAACAAGCAAUCGAGACGGAACUGAACGUGAUAAAACAAGAUUGACAAGGGUAUUCAAGGCUUUGGGAUUUGACGUGGAAAUUUUCGAAAACUUGAAGAAACAAGAUCUGUUAUAUUAUAUUGAAGGUUUAAGAUCACGGGAUUUCUCCGCAUACGCCAGUCUCAUUGUUUGCAUGCUCUCCCAUGGAGAUGAGAAUGUCGUGGAAGGAACCGAUGGAAAAAGUUUGAAUAUCAACGAACUUAAAUAUAAGUUCAACAGUAACGAUUGUCCUUCAUUGAACGGAAAACCCAAAAUUUGGAUCAUACAAGCUUGCCAGGGAACUGAAAAUCAACCACCUUUGAGGCAGUCUUCUCACAGAAGGUCCGCAUCACGAUCGAAUUUUAGUACCGACGAUAAUCACCCAUCAGGACCGAUUCUAGGAUUUCAGAUUAGCUACGAGCAAAAAAUAACCUUUGAAAGAACAUCCACAACAAAGACAGAGGGAAAUGGAUCAGCACAAGAGAAUUUGAACAAUCGAGCGCCUUUUAUGGAUUUCCUUGACAUCAGAGCCUCUAUUCCUGGUUUCCAUGCUUACCGAUCUGAAGAUUGUUGGAUCUAUUCUGAUUAAAUACCUUUGCGAUGAAAUGAAGAAGGAAUAUUUAUGCGAGAAAACGUCGCCGAAUAAAGAAUCCAAGGACUUAGAAGGCAUCCUGAAUAGUGUGCAAGAUAUUAUAAGUAAGGAAACAUUGACAUCCAAGACAGAAUUUGUAAAACAAACUAUUGUGAGAAAUGUUUCUCUAAAUCGCCGGAUAAAAUUUAAAAAGAGCCAUUUACCAGGAAAAGUGACUUUACGUCAAAAUGACAGUCGGGACGAAGUACUCGACAGAGAAGUCCAUCAAUAUCGUCAUUGGCCAAACAUUUUUGAUUUACUUACUAUUUGGUGGGAUUACGUUGCCCGCAUUGUCUACCGAUAACUAUAUUUUAUCUGUUUAUAACCGUAUGCCAGUGAUUCAGUUUAUUUACUUUUUCUUGUUAUUUCAGUUCAGUUUAAUUUUACUAAAAACUUUUAAAAAUUUGUGCGUUUUACUCGAUGAUGGAUGGCUUGAGAAAAAAAAUUCCUUAGCUAUUACAUUAUGUUGAAGUAGCUAAUAUUUACGUUUAUAGCACAUAAUCCAUGUAAUUCCGUCGUAAACGCAAACGUGCGGGAAAUCUAAUCGAUCUAAUUAAACUCUAUGUAUGUUCAA